UGGAAAAGUAGUAAUUCCAGGCUCCUCGAGUCAAGUUUAAGUCUUUCCGAGUCAUACAAUGGAAAAUAAUGAAAAGAAUUAAAAAUAAGACUAUUGUAUGGCGUGAUGAGUUUGGACUUUCUCGAUGGCUGAACUGCUAUCCUCGGUUAUCCCUGUGAAAUUAUUAUCAAAAAUUAAGAGAACUGAAGGGUGGGGCCUUAAAAAAUCCUAUAAAAAACUACUUUUUAGAGAGAAAUGGAAAGGCUAAAAUUUCAUCAAGAAAACCAAGAAGGAACUUUUCAAAAUAUUGAACUUGACUCUGAUUCAACAUCUAGAGAAGAAGGAGAGCUUUCUAGUCAAAUUUCUAGACUUAAAGAGAAACACGAAAAUGAAAUUUCUGCAAUUUUGUCUGUACACAAUUCUAAUGUUAAACAACUGAAGGAGGAUUAUGAGAAGAGAAUUGAACAACUUGAGACUUGGAAUGCUUCUAAUUUAAACGAACAAGCAGCCGCUGAAAAGGAUGAAACUUUACUAGCUGAUGUUAAUUUGUUAAAAUCAGAUAUUGCUUUAUUAAAAGCAGAGAUUGAUGUUAAAAAUGCUGAGAUUGAAGAAAUCAAACAAGAAAGAGACAAUUUACGUCAACAAAUUGAGGAAAUUAACGAAGAGACUAGACGUAAUGAAAAAUUGUUGUUGACUGGUUGUGAAGAAUUUAAGCCUUCAAGUGAUUCAGAAUCGGCAGCUUCAAAUAAUGCCGAUUGGGAAAAAAUGGGAAAAGAUGAAAUUGAAGUUGAAGGAGUUUCUAGCAGUACAACAACUACAAGUGAAACAAAGGAUUCAUCGACAAGUGAUGGGAAAUAUUUGAGAAGUGAAAGAAGGCAAAGAGGGGGAAGAGUUGAAAUGAUAGAACAAAUUAUUCAAACAGAACAAUUUACUCCAGAAGAAGACAUUCAAAUAAAUCAAUUGAAGGAUGAAAUGUCUCAUUUACUCGAACAAAUUGCCCAAUUAAAAGAACAAAUAUCUCUUGAAGAAAUAAAUAAAGGACAAAUAUUAUUAGAAAAAGAACAAGUUUUUGAACAGUUGUUUAAUAAAGAAGAUGAAUUGAAUCGUUUAAGAGAUGAACUAGAAGAAUGGAGGAAGAAUAUUGAAGAAGAAAGAGAGAAACGAUUUGAAGAACAGGAAAAAUUAAAAGAUCUUUUGAAAGAAAAGGAAGAAAAAAUUGAAGGAUUGAAUUUUUUAUUGGAGGAUGAUAAAAGGGCUAAAAGUGAUUUUAAUGACAAAAUUAAAUUUUUAAAAGAAGAAUAUGAAAGCAAAUUAAAAGAAAUUGAAGAAAAAAAUUGUUUUGAAAAAGAGGAAAUUAAAAAGAGGGAAAUGGAUAAAAUUGAAUUUUUCGAGCUGGAAAAUAAAAGGCAUUUGAAAGAUCUUUCAGCAUUAACUUCAGACAAUUCUGAAUUAAAAUCUUUAUUGGAUUAUGAACAUUUGGAAUGCCAAAAAUAUUAUUUUAAAUUGGAAGAAUUUUCUAAAAAUUUGGAAUUGUCUUUAAAUGAAAAUAAAAAUAAGAAUGAAGAAUUGGAAAUUAAAAAUGGGAGAAUAUUAAAAUUGGAAAGCGAAUUGGGACGUUUAAAAGAACAUUUACUUGGAAUUGAGGAAAUUUCUUCUAAAGAAGCAAUAGCUGCAGAAGAACGUGAAACCGAAUUACGCCGUCAGUUGAGAGAAUUUCAAAAUAAAUAUGAAAAUGAUGAAUUUACAACGUCAAAAUGUUUACAAAAUUAUCAAAAUGAAUGUGAACAAUUAAAAAUAAAUUUACAAAAUUUAAAAAAAGAAAAGGAGGAUUUGACUUCAAAUUUAAAUGAAAAGGAAAGUUCGUUGGCUGAAACUAAAAAUGCUUUAAUUAAUUUACAAAUUGUUUUGAAGGAUCUUGCUGAUGAACAAAAAAGUGAAAAACUUCGGUUUGAAGGAGAAAUAAGAAUGUUGAGGGAUGAAUUAAAGAGCAGUUUAGUCCUGGCCCUAUAA